CCUUUGAAAAGUUCUGUCAAAUUAAAAGCUUUUCACUUUUUUUACCAAACACUUUCUCUUUUUCCAAUUCAUUACUACUCCUUUCUCUAUUUAUAUAUAUUUAUGUGUGUUCAAGCUAUUUAGAAACAUCAUAAAUUUCAACAACAACAAUAACAACAUCAAAAAUGAAUGGUGAAGAUGACAUGUGUGUUAAAGCUUCUAGUUUCAUGCUCUUUGGGAAGAAGAUCCCGGUGCCGGAUUAUCAUAUUCCGGCGAGUUCUCAGAUUCAGGCCAAUUCUACAACCAUGAAAUCGAAGAAUUCCUCAAAUGAAGAUGAAUCAAAAGUUACUACCAACACUGUGGAAGAUACCAUGGAAACAAGCAGCAAAGAACAAGACAAAGUCAUAAAGAAACCAGACAAGAUUGUUCAGUGUCCGAGAUGCAAAAGUUUCGACACGAAAUUCUGUUAUUUCAACAAUUACAAUGUCAAUCAGCCUCGUCAUUUCUGUCGGAGCUGUCAUAGGUAUUGGACAGCAGGUGGAACGAUGAGAAACGUUGCUGUUGGUGCAGGGAGACGGAAGAACAAGCAUAUCACUAAUGAUAACGGUAUUGUCCUUAAAUUCGGCCGAGAAAAUGGCUCUCUCGACGAAUCAAGAACGCCGAUGCUUAAUCUUGUGAACCAAAAGAGAAAUGUUGAUGCAGGUGGUGGGAACAAUUGUAGAGAAAACGGAGAUGAAGAAUCGUCCUUAUGUGUAUCUUCUGUGACGAAUGGUUAUACUCGAGGAAACGAGUUAACCGAAGGCGAACAAAAUAGGUCAAAACAUUUGCAGAGUUACCCUUCAUCUUCAUGGAUGAUUCCAUUGAAUCAAAGGUGGAACAAUGUUACUUCCAUGGUUCAAUCAUCAAUGCAGAUGUGUAACCCUUUUGGAAUUGAUCCUAAUGCAAUGCAGUGGUGUCACGCGCCGAUGGUCGCGGUUACGAACAUUUUCACACCAAACAUUGGAUUGCAAUUUGUUCCAGGAUCAUAUGGAAAUGGAAAUGUUUCAAUAGGUUCAAAUGGUUGCAUUUCACCUUCUUCAUCAACUACUAGUAACAGUUUUUGUGAAGGUAAUGGUUCAACAAUCCCUAGCAAACACACUAGAGAUUCUGUUUUGAUUGAUGAAGAGAAAUCAUAAAUCUUGUUUUUCUAUAAGAAUUUUGGAAUCUGCAAAACAAUCUUUGAUAGACUGUUACCAUUUUGAAAGUGAUAUGAAAUGUCUCCUUAUAAAUACUGUA